CCCUCCCCUUUAUUUAAUGACUCACUUUUUUACAGCUAGCAGGACUAGCGCAUAUUAAACAGAAAGGGAGAGAGGAUGUAGAAGAGGGGUGAUGCACUUGUAUCAAGUCUUGUGCACAGCUUGAACAAUAUCCUGAGGACUAACCAUUCAAUGUCCUUUCAUGAUCACAGGGACCUUUCUGAGUAAAUGGCAAGCAAUACACUUCUUUCAACUAAAAAAUAUACAUAAUGGAGGACAUGUUGAAGCAAAGCCCAAAGCGAAGACAAGAAGUUUUAACAACUAAUUUAAAGUUCUUUUCCAAACUGAGCAAAGGUAAGCCAGAUCUGUGAACAGUCAAAAUGUCUUCCUCUCCUGGUAUCAAGUCUCAGGAGCAUGUGGACCUGAUGUACAUCUCUAUUGAGACAGUUAUUGCCCUGGUCUCUGUGUUGGGGAAUGUACUGGUGGUACUGGUGGUGUGUGUGAACCCGGCUCUCCGCAAUACCACUUUCUGCUUCAUUGUGUCUCUGGCUGUGGCUGACAUCGCUGUGGGAGUUUUGGUCAUCCCUCUGGCUAUUAUCAUCAGUCUGGGAAUUAACACUCAGUUCUAUACCUGCCUCUUCCUCUCUUGCCUGCUGCUGAUUAUCACCCAGAGCUCCAUCCUCUCCCUGCUGGCAAUUGCCAUUGACCGAUAUCUGCGAGUCAAGAUUCCCACCAGGUACAGUACCAUUGUGACCCAGGGGAGGGCGUAUGUGGCAGUUUGUUUGGGUUGGAUUCUAUCUUUCCUCACUGGACUGGUUCCAAUGCUUGGCUGGAAUAAUUAUGAUGCCCAAGGAAACCUGAGCAGUUCCCGUGAGAUUAUCUGCGAAUUCACAGCUGUCAUAAGGAUGGACUACAUGGUGUACUUCAAUUUCUUUGGUUGGGUGGUAGUACCGUUGACAGCAAUGAUUGUCCUGUAUGGGGAGAUCUUUAGGGUGAUCCGGCAGCAUCUUAACCGGCGUGCUGAAGCCACCUGUGACGGAGACAGGUAUUAUCGGAAGGAGCUGAAGCUGGCCAAAUCACUUGCCCUGGUGGUCUUCCUCUUUGCUGUGUGUUGGCUGCCAAUACACAUCAUAAACUGCAUCACCUUCUACUGCCCAGAAUGUUAUAUUCCCAAGUUUGUCACUUAUGUAGGAAUCUUCAUGUCCCAUGUGAACUCAGCCCUCAAUCCUAUGGUUUAUGCAUUCAGGAUAAAGCCGUUCCGUGUCACACUGAUCCAGAUCACUCAUCACUGCAUGCUGUGUAGACCCUCAGAGCCCACCCUGUGCCCCAGCAGCACUCCAGCCCUGACAGAGAAAGUGGAUGUAAACCUGUAACAAGGACUUCCUGUGUACAUGGUUUACACUGAGAUGGCGCAGUGAUUGAACUCACGGGAUUAGAUAAUGUAUCAGCCCAUUGAUGCCAGCAUAGCACUUCACAGCACAGUUUCAUUUCUGACAAUUCAAAUAUAUUUGACACAGAUCUUAAAAAAAUGAACCUACAAUCAAGA